CACUACUCCGGAUUAAUAUCUGUAUCUCGCUAUUCUGCGCCAUCGUCUUGGCGCUAGCUUGCGCCGACUGCUCUGUAAUCCGCGUCCUUGUAUUUCUCACAUAGAUCGACGAAUCCGUACGGCCGGAGAUCUAAGUCGCGGUGAUGUCGAAAGCACGAGUGUACACCGAUGUAAAUGUGCUGCGCCCCAGGGAAUACUGGGAUUACGAAAACCUAACUGUGCAGUGGGGCGACCAAGAUGAUUAUGAGGUUGUUCGCAAAGUUGGAAGGGGGAAAUACAGUGAAGUUUUUGAAGGUAUAAAUGUGAACAACAAUGAGCGAUGCAUAAUCAAGAUUCUGAAACCUGUUAAGAAGAAAAAGAUCAAGAGAGAGAUCAAAAUACUACAGAACUUGCGUGGGGGACCAAAUGUUGUCAAGCUCUUAGACAUUGUCAGAGAUCAACACUCGAAAACUCCUAGCUUGAUAUUUGAAUUUGUGAAUAGUACAGAUUUUAAAGUCUUGUACCCUACAUUGACGGAUUAUGACAUACGUUACUACAUAUAUGAGCUCCUCAAGGCACUAGAUUAUUGUCACUCACAGGGAAUAAUGCACAGAGAUGUAAAGCCUCAUAAUGUAAUGAUAGACCAUGAGUUGCGUAAAUUACGCCUGAUUGAUUGGGGGCUGGCUGAGUUCUAUCACCCCGGAAAGGAAUAUAAUGUCCGUGUUGCUUCAAGAUACUUCAAGGGCCCAGAACUUCUUGUUGAUUUGCAAGAUUAUGACUAUUCUUUGGAUAUGUGGAGUUUGGGUUGCAUGUUUGCUGGAAUGAUUUUCCGCAAGGAACCUUUCUUUUAUGGACAUGAUAACCAGGAUCAACUCGUGAAAAUUGCCAAGGUGCUUGGAACUGAUGAGCUGAAUGCUUAUUUGCAUAAAUACCAUUUGGAGCUUGAUCCUCAACUUGAAGCUCUGGUUGGAAGGCACAGCAGGAAACCUUGGUCGAAAUUCAUCAACUCUGAUAAUCAGCAUCUUGUGUCACCAGAGGCUAUAGAUUUCCUUGACAAACUCCUGCGCUACGAUCAUCAAGAUAGGCUCACCGCCAGAGAGGCUAUGGCUCACCCGUAUUUCUCGCAAGUGAGGGCAGCAGAGAAUAGCCGCACGCGUACACAGCCAUGAAUGCAAACAUAAUUUUCUUGUAAUUUAACAUGCAAGUUCAAUUGGGUUAGACUUCAAAAAUUGUGUUUGUAUAAUUUGUCUUGACCUGUGUUUUAAUAUCAAGCAUGAAUUAAUAUCUCA